GCGAGGGAGUUUCGACAUUUUCUAGGUCACUUUGAUAUUUGUUAACAGUUCUAAAUGACGAAUUGAAUGUCCUCUAGUUUAAAGUUAUGCAGAAUGCUCACUUCAUAGUUAGUCGUGCCAUAUUAAGUUCUACUAAGGACACAUUUCGACGUUGCUUUAACUUGUCUACCAAACAUUUAUUUACUACGCCUUACUUGGUCCAUAAAAUCAGGAUAUCACGUCACACUCGCAUUGAUUUAUUCAACAGGAAUUUUAGCUCUUCAGGUCCCAAGAGUAUUACCGAUUCUCCAGUUGAGAAGAUCAAUGCUAAAGUGGUUCCAAAAAUUAAAACAAGCUUUUCUUAUGAUGAUUCUGUCAAGUCUGUGAAGUAUAUCACACCACUUAGAGCAUUACGAGAAUAUAUGCUUACAAAACAUGAUUUAGAUCAGUUACCACGUUAUUACAGCCGAAGUCCGUAUGGCAAUGAAACUAAAACUCUUGUUUUCCUCCGAUCAGAUGUAGAGCAAAUGGCUUACGCAAAGCACGGAGGCCAUGAUGAUUUUGAGUUACGACGGAAACUCAUGAAGGAUAUGGAGCGAAGAACCAAAACAGAAAUCUUCAAUUUAAGGAAGGCCUUAAAAUACCUUCAAAACUCAGCAGAAGCCAAGGCGACUGGGACUUCGGUUUUUAUGGAUAAACGGAAAAGUUUGUUUACGUCGGGCCCUGGUCGUGUUGUUCUUUUCGCAAUAGCAAUAAAUGGUCUCAACGUCGCUGCCAAAGCCUUCGGUUGGUGGUAUACUGGUUCUAAAAGCAUGUUUUCUGAGUUGAUGCAUUCGCUUGCGGAUACGAUGAAUCAGGUUCUCGUUGCUUAUGGUCUAUAUUCAUCACUUCAGAAACCAGAUGAAACGCAUCCUUAAUGGUUGUGAAAAGUAUUUCCGGUGCUCUGGUAGGAGGCCGUGCUCAGCGGAAUUCAGUCCAGACCUUGGUUCGGUCCUUAUUGGGGUCGGGGAUGUGCACUUCUGAGGAGUCUCGUGCUAUAAAGAAACAGCUAUUCUUUGGAAUCUGAUUAUCAGUUGUCUAGCCAAUGUUACUUCGUGGUUCAAACUAACAAUAGCAAUUUUCUUAUUCACGAUCAAGAACAGUCCGUUUUGAGAUAUUGUAUAAGUGAUUUUUCAGUUUCAUUGAAAAGCCACUUUUCUUGCUUGGUUUGAUUUUCCUUUUGAAUAUCAUUAAUCUCAACAAAGUAUUUUACAAUAAUACUUGAUUAUUAGGUACGGUUAUAUUCCAAUGCGUAAUGUAUCAUCGUUGAUAAGUGGUGUUGCCAUUUUCUUCCUGGGAGCUGGUCUUACAUUUUAUCAUAGUGUCCAGGGCAUUUUAGCACCUCACGAAUUUGAAUCUGUUAAUCUGGUAAUUAGUUUUGUUAAUGUUUUAUUCUUGCAAUAAAUGAAUAAUUAAUAAGUAAUUGACAGCAUUUAAGGCCAAUGAUUUUAGUUUCACGUAUGCUUCAGCUACAUAAAUGAUCUGAUGCGAAAAUUUGUCUGUCUUUCAAACGGUGCUUAUUAUUAUGUAUUAAUAUUUCAUGAUUAAAAUAUAAUAGUGAAUAAUAAGAUUCUUGUGAAUAUUACUUAACAGUAAAAUAUGGUAAAAGUAGAGACAUCUUCAAGAGUAAGAUUUAGCAAAAUUUUUUUGUAAAUAUAAAUUCAAGAAAACCAAAGGUUAUGUAAUAUAAAGGGGACUAGACAUAGAGCUGUCGAUAUACCUAAUAACUUGCUGUAAAUUACAUCGAAACAGAAUCUGAGGCUCACUGCCUCAAAUCCAUCGCAUAUUGUAAGGCAAGGAUAUUACUGACCUACCUGAUGUUAUACAAAAAGAUGCUUUUAAAUGCGGCUACAAAUGAGACCUCAAGUAACGCUACCGUUGUAGCCAUAAAUUCAACUGGGAUAUUAUAAAGUCAAAUAUAUUUAAGUUUGGUCGAGCAUGUUCUAGAAAUUGAACAUUUAAAGCGCAGUUAUGAAUGCCGAAAUUAAUCUUUAACUGAUUUUUGUAGCAUCCGAAUCGAGCAUCACAUGUAAUAUUUGAUUGUGAGUUGCACGCAAACUCUCCAUUUGUAAUACUUAUGCAAAUCUUCAAAAGCUAUUGAACGUGAAUUUUUGUACUGCCAAGCAAUUAGAUCAGUUUCUCAUGUUUUGUAUACUUGAAGAAAGAGCAGAAAAUAUGUCUUCAUAGUCAUUUUAUACUAGCACUGAAAAAUACUAAAUCUACCUGAUAUGUUGUCCGUAUACGGUUCGUAAGCCGACAAGUGUAUAAAUGCACUCACACAUUUUUGUAUUGUAAAGGAACAUGACUCAAAGAGAAUAAAUUUACAGAGAACCAUAUGUUCACAGCUGAGUUGGGAAAUAUCAAAUCAAUUGCAGUAUUUACGAGUUAACUCAUGUUUUUACAGAUGAGAUUACUUUAAAAAUUAUCAGUUACUUAUCCUUGCAUUAGUUUAUGUCUAUCUCGUAUUUUCCUUAUCUAGGCUUUGAUGGUCAUGCUAGGUUCGCUUUUAUCCGAAGGAAGCACCUUGGCGUUGGCUUAUCGCGAAGCUAAAAGAAGUUCAAAACGUCAAAACUUCUAUUCCGUUAGACAUUGGUUGUUUUCCGGAGUUGAUCCAAGUACUAGUAUGGUUUUAUUAGAAGAUUUGGCUGCUGUCAUUGGUGUUGUUGUGGCAGGGUCUGCUAUGGCUGUAACUGCUUUCACUGGACAUGUUUUACCUGAUGCGAUUGGAGGGAUUUGUGUUAGUGCAAUUCUCGCUACAGUGGCUGGUCUGAUCAUACAUACGAAUACUGAAAUGUUAAUAGGAAGAGCUAUUCCGGUUGAAAAUCAAGAGGCAAUUAUGCGUGUGAUGGAUAACAUAAAAAUUAUUCGCGGGACAUACGACAUAAAAACAACUAUGAUUGGUGGUGAAGAAAUACGAUUCAAAGCAGAAGUUGAUAUUGAUGGUCGAGAACUUACUAAACGUUACCUAGAAACUUUAUCAUUAGACGAUCUUCUUCAGGAGGUGAAAAAUGUCAAAACUGAACAGCAACUGGCUCAUUUUAUGUUGAAACAUGGUGAUAAUUUAGUGAACACACUAGGCGCAGAAAUUAAUAAAAUUGAAGAGAAAAUUAAGCAACCUUCGUCAGUGACUGACGUCAGAUAGUGAACCGUUAAAAACCAUAAUGGGCUAUUUCUGUUAGGUUUGUUACUUACCACAAAGAACCCCAUCCAGUAUCUAGACUUGGAUCGUCGUUAUAAAGUAUGUAAGUGUGAAACAGUUACCAACUUUAAAGCUCGGUGGUCUUUACUUCGUAUUACAAAUUGUAUGAGGUCACAGUGAAAAUUAUAGGGAGAUACGCCAACGAAGUUAACACACUCAAGAGCAGACAUAAAAAAGCUUGGUUCAUAAAUAAUUAGCAGCUAGUUUUGAAGUGAUUCAUUUGGAUCUUGGGUACAGUUGCUAGUGACAACAUAUCAAGAUAUUAAACUGACAGGUCAUGAAUUGCAUCAAAAAUAUGAUUUUAUAACGUAAUGAAAUUAAUAUCAUUAAUUAGUUAACUGACUAGAUAUAGUAAAUCUGAUAGAUAUAAGUGUUCUUUAGAUCUCUAAAUUGUCACAACCAUUUUUUAAUCAAAGUUUGUGAAUUCAAAUCAUCUCUGCGCGUAAAUAGACCAGUAUCGAUCUGUACCCAUCUCUUACGAUCAUAUAUGUCCUGGCACCUAUUUGUACUUCUUGUUUGAUUGUGUUGUUAAAUCACUAAAGUUAAUUACUCUACUUCUUUUUGGUUAUUUCUGAUUUUAUGCAAUAAAAUAUCUCUAGAUACUUGAUUGUAGGACAUCAAUUAUUUGGCUGAAUAGUUAAUAUCAUACCUUAAGUAUUCGUUCGUUUAAGGAAGAUUUUCCACAACAGAACCGUGGCCGUCCCAUAAAACAUUGGGAAUUCGGUUGUAUCUAAAAUAAUUUGCUGAUAGACUUUUUCUUUAUGGUGACUUCAUUAAGCUAUAGGAUUUAAGUUGCGAUGUCUAUGACUGGCACAAAAGUUAGUCCUUCCAGCUGACAUGUGAAAAUUAAAGAUCGGUAUAUGUUUACGUUCAACAAGUUAAAUAGUAUGCGUCUGACUUCAAAUAUCAUGACUGAUUUCGAAUACUUGGUUUUGUUAGCAUUUCCGGGAGUGUACCCAAAUGCAGUACAAUAAAGUUGUUCAUAAUUGUAUUUUUGUGUUUAUCCCAACCUAUCAAGAGGAGUAAAUUACAGCAGUAAGAAAGUCUUCAAUUACGUUAUAAGGCAUAUAACUUUCGCUCUCCGGAUCCAUCAGUUGGAAGGAUUAGAUUUUGUACCGGUCACAUAUAUCGUGGCCAAAUGUUGGGGGCAAACCAAGUCAUCUUUCUACAUAGAGAAUGAAAGGAAGAUCAAAACAGUGACUCGUUAUUUAAAAGAUACCUAGAAUGGUAGACUCGAAAGGCGCGUGCGCUGCUGCGACUCAAUAGUUGCAGAUAUUUUAAAAUAACUGGUAACUUAAGAGAGCUUAAUCAGUCUCACAAAGUGGGCAGUUAUUAACGCAUUUCUAAGUAAAAUCAUUUCCUAAUAAGAUUGUCACCAUCAACUUGUUUCUUACUUGAGUCGCGUUUAGAAAGUCAAUCGAAUUUGGCUAAUAUAUGGAAAGUAGUCACUUAAGCCGAUCAGUUACUCUUUCAAGUCCAAUUAUUUUGCGUUAGGUUGUGUUUCACUGGUCAAAUUUAUUUGUUCUACGGAUUCAUUUACUUGCUUCCCUUUUGCAAAAAUUCGAUAGAAAUUACUAUGAAUUAUUUCUAAGAAUGCAAUAAUAUCAAUAGUAUAUUUACGUUGCUUAUUUUACCAAAUUAUGCGUCAACUAAUCUACAGAUUGUAUUCCAUUUUUUAGAAGGAAUUCCCCAAUGUAACUCAUAUCGACAUUGAGAUUAACUAAAUACUGGAUUUCCGAUUUAUUGUCACUAUUCAUUUCGCGGACUUCCCUUGCUGCAUAUUCCUGGCUUUUCUGUGAUUUGAGAUCCAUAUCGCACUGUGUAUAGUAAUAUAAAAUAUAUGUACACAAAAACAAAUUUAGUAAACAUUUUUGCUACGUAUUAAAAUUCUUUUCCGGAAAAUAUGUUUAGUAUGCAUGCACUUUGUAUUGCCUCGAAGUUAUCAGCACAAAAAACGUUCAUGAAUUUCAAUUUAUACUCUAGAGUGGUAGGAUGGUCGUUCGUUGCUUUAGCCUUCCCAUCGUCUCCCGUCAAAGUCCUAGAGCCGGUAACGAAGUUUGUUCAACUAACCCCAGUCCUAAACCUAACUAAUGCUGGGGUCGAACUUGUGAAAGUUGUUGUAGUUAGAUGGGCACUGAAGACAUCCUGUAAAUAUACAUGAUUCUUAGUUGUUUUGGAAUACAUCCACUAAUAACCAUGACGUCUGGUUAUCGACUACAUCCUGAUACACUCAGUCAUUACCUAGUGAUGGUUCUCCUUCUUUGCAUUAGUUACCCACCACUACCUGGAUAUCUUGAUUCAGUACAGUUAGUUUCUGCUGCUCAUUAUUUUAGGGGAUAACCUAAAUUUUAUCUGCGGCUUCUGCUGACGUCAAUCUAAAUAAUGAUGAUACCUAGACUUGGGAGAUUGCUAGGUUCAAACAGUAACCAGCAUGGGUGAAAUUUGUGUUCACUGAACUCGAGUUUCAAAAACUUGAAAUUGAGUCAACCUGAGCAACAAUCAGUCUGGCGUCGGUAUAAGGACUUCGCAGACAUUCAGGGCUUGGUAACGAUUUUAUCCGCUAUAUUAUAAUCUCAGACCUUCAGGCGUAAAAUAGUCCAAAUUUAUAUUUGAAGGAUAGCAGUAUUUUUUUGUUAUCAUCAACUUUAUUCAAUAUUGUAUUUUUGGUACAAUAUAGAAUUCUCGGCGCAAAGUAUUUCUUCUUGGUCGGUCCUGGCGAUAAAUAUUGAGUGAUCGCCAGUUAUAUGUUAGCAGUUCAGUAAAUGGACAUCUGAAUAAUGUGCAUUCUUUUCGCUGUAUAUUGCCAGCGACCACAUUGU